CCAUGUCCGGUUUCCAGCUGGGUGUUCCAUGGAAACACAUUCACGUCUUACGUUUUGUUUAUAUGCCUGGGGAGCCAACAGCUACGGUCAGCUGGGACAGAGCCAUGUGGAGGACCAGUGCGUACCGCGGCUCUCUGACAGCUCGGCUCUGCAGGGCAGGACGGUCCGUGUUGUGGACGGAGGAGGAGGUCAUUCUGUGGUUCUCACCGAGAGUGGAGAGGUGUUUGUCUGUGGACAGAAUGACAGAGGCCAGCUGGGACUUGGUCACAGUACUAACGUCUUAACUCUUCAGCUCUGCCCCGUCUUGAAUCACAGAGUCGCAAAGGUAGCCUGCGGCUGGGAUUUUACACUUCUUCUCACUGAUUCUGGUCAACUAUUUGCAUGUGGUUCUAAUGCAUUUGGACAGUUGGGUGUUGGACAGACAGUCACACACUCUUCUGAGCUUCUAGCUGUUGAGGUUCUUAAAGAGCCAGUAGUGAGUGUAGCAGCAGGACUGAGACAUUCACUCGCCGUUAGUGCCUCGGGCUCCGUGUAUCAGUGGGGAACCGGUCUUUUUAAUCAUGCUAAGAGAGCGCUCAGUCCCCACCUUGUUCCGUCACAUCUGAACUCCAAACUUCCCUGUCCGGUACCAGGUCUCGGCCACAGGAAAGCACAGCUUGUAACAGCAGGUUCAGCACACUGUGUGUGUUUAACAGAAGAAGGUGAAUUAUUCCUGUGGGGAUGCAAUAAACAUGGCCAGCUGGCUACAGCGGAGCCCUUUCUGCCCUCUCCCACUCUGCUGAAUCGAUCUCUGCUGAAGGGAGAGAAGGUUAUGCGUGUGUGCAGCGGCUGGACGCACGUUGUUGCUCAAACAGAGAGAGGCAGAGUAUUCACAUGGGGGAGAGGAGAUUAUGGACAGCUUGGUCGAUCAGCCUCAGUCAGUGAGAACGAAGAGAUGUUGAUGGGAAUCAGGAAGGAUUGCAUCCCUCUUGAAGUUACAUCCCUCUAUGGAGCAACUCAGAUUGUAUGUGGAUCUGAACACAACCUUGCCAUUGUAGGGGGGUGCCUCCUGUCGUGGGGCUGGAACGAGCACGGGAUGUGUGGGGACGGUUCACAGGCUGAUGUCUUUCAUCCUCGGCUCGUUUCUGAUCUCAGGCCUGUUGUCAUUGGCUGUGGUGCUGGACACUCAAUGGCAGUGUGUGGUGUGACGACGAGUUUAACACAGAAUUCUGUUCACACUUGGGAAGAACUGGAGCAUAAGCAAAGUUCCCCUUUCACUGAGUAAUAGGUUUUGCAUUUUAAAAAACUACCUCAGCUACUUGAUAAAGUUUUCAUGAUUGGUGUAGUUGAACACGGUUUUUUAGAGCAGCCUAAGUUAAUGAAAUAAAACUUUGUCAACCUAAGUCAUAAAAUGAUUUGCACAUUAAUUAAUAAAUGCAUAAACAAACAACAUGUAAUUUCAUAGUGCAUUGCUUUGCAUCCAGCAGAAAUGGAAGAAAUUACCAGAUCAUCACUAUUUAUGCAUCAAACCAUAAGACCAUAAUCUAUUUUUUAACUCCAAAAAGUGUAUUAAGAGUCUAUGUUGGUGGAUUGUAUUUACGGAUCAAAAAGGAUGAAGAGUGUGUUUUUCAAUUUGGAUACAGUUAAUAAUUAGGGAAAAAUAUUAUUCAGUAUGUAAUCUGCCAAUCAAGGAGAGGUUACUCAGUUCCAGUCUCUGAAUUAUUGAUUGAUUGAUGAAAUGGUUCUCUGCAAUUUUUGCCUCCAAAAAUCUACUUGUUACAUUUCAGAUUUAUCAUAUAAAUUUUUCUGUUUAUCAUAGGCUUGAUUUAUAUUGAAUCUUUUUUUUUAGUCAUCCGUUUGUUGAUUUGAAUUGGUGUAUUAGUGGAAAUGUGUAUUUUAUUUAUUUAUUUAUUUAUUUUUACUUCAGAUGGCUAAAAAAAAUAAAAAUAAAUCAACACUCACUGAAUACUGAUUAUUUCUGUGUUUUUUAUUUAUCACUAUUUCUGUACAAGUCUGAACUGUAUUGGUCAAAAAACACACAAAACAAAAAUCCCUAAACAACAAACCAAUAAAAACGAUAACUGAACACCUCACUGAGAUAAGUAGCCACAAAAUGCAUGGUGUUCAAAAACACACACUCUAAGGUCUCACUAAGUAGCACACAUUAGUUGCCAUAUUUGUCAUGUUGGUUCUCUUUAUACAAUAACCAUUGCUUUCUUUACUUUCCUUUUUUCUCUGUUGUUAAACGUUGACCAACAUACUGUUCUCCUAUUUGUAUGGCUAGCCAGCCUGCAGCUUGCUAUUUUUGGCAGAUUCAACUGAAUUCACUCAGAUCUCAAGAGGUUGUUGGCAGUGUGUUUGCAGUUGUUUGGUAAGAAGUUGGUCCGUUUUCACAAACUUUUCCACAUAAACAUUGAAUCGACCCUUUGUGCUCAAAUGGUGGUCCUUUGAGGGUUUUUUUAAGAGGUAUACUCAUUGCUUUAUUGUAGAGGUUGAUCCAUACAGGGCUCCUUAUUGCAUCUGUAAUUUUGAGCAUUAAUUUCAAUGGCUGGUGACUUUUAAAUUAAAAUGUGCAUUAGGUGGUGAUGCACUGUAAUUCCCCUAAAUGAGAAGAAUAAUUUGCAUAUUAGAGGCACUUGUCCAAGUUGAUAACAGUUUGGCCUUUGUUGGUAUUACAUAUUACUAUCUGUAUGCACAUGUGUGUACAAGAAACAAAAAUAAUUCUACAUGAUUGUCAAUUAAAUCACAGCUGCACUACAUAACAUUAACAUGAUGUAAUGGCAAAGUCGUACAUCCUACAGCGCCGUAAAAAGUGUUUGCACUCCUUAAACGUUUUUAUGUCAUGUUACAACCACAAACAUAAAGGUUUUUUUAAUGUAAUUAUGCAAAUUUAUCACCUAAUUUUGAAGGGAAAGCAACAUAUUUUUUACUGUACUUUAUAAAUAAAAAUUUGAAGUUUGGCAUGAAUUUGUACUUUACCUUACUCUGGUGGCCCUAAAUGAAAUUAACUGCGUCCAAUUGCCUUCAGAAGUAAAUAAAUUAUUCAUACAUAAUUUUAUUGUAGUAUAAAUAGAGCUUUGAAUGCCCCAAAGGGUUUUUAGAUAGCAUCAGCAAACAAACAUUAAUAUAAAGGCCAAGGAACAAACUAGAGAGUUCAGGGAUGACAUAGUAAAGAAACCUAAAGCAGAGUUAGGUUAUAAAACGCAGAAAGCAAAGUCUAGUCUGUCAUCUAAAACAGGAAAAAGUACGCCGCAACUACAAACUGAACAAGACAUGCCUGCCCAGCUAAGCUGACAGGGAAAAAAUAAGGGAGAGCAUUAAUCAAAAAAGCAAGAGGCCUGUGGCAUCUCUGGAGGAGCUGCAGAGAUCCACAUCUCAGCUAAGGAGCGUCUGGACAGAACAACUAUUAAGUUGGCCUUUAUUGAAGAUUACCAUGACGAAAGGCACUGUUGAAAUAAAUUAACAAGUUCUGCCUGUAGCUUGCCGUAAACCAUGUUGGGGAGUAGAUAAGACUCUAUUACAUAUCAAACGAUAAGAGACAAUAAAAAUAUUAUUGUUUUACAGUCAAGAGACUUUUUUUGUGUCAAAGAAAUUACCUGGGACCAGAUUUUUCUCUUACUUUGUGGGACAUAAAACUUUGGCCCCACUUGUUGCAUUAAGGUAGCACUGUUUUAAAACUUUCGUCUGUCAGCAGGAUGGGUAACAGCUUGUUAUGCUCCCAGUGAUUUUCUGUAAGGAACAGGAUGACAAAAACGUUAAAUAUUCUGAACACUAAGGACUUUAAAACAGUGACUAAAUUUACCAAGACCUUACAAAUUUAUAAUUUUGUCAAAAUCAAAAUAGUUAUGGAUAAAUAAGAGGCUUUAUUCCUAUUGCAGUAAUGAUGUUGAAUCACUUUUGCAAUUUUGUAAUUAUUUGUUUUUUGUGUCAAAUACUAGGCAUUUCAAUAAUAAUGUACAUUUUUGUGUGAUACUGUAAAAGUGUUAUAUUUUUACUCAAGAUUGUGAUAUUGUGAGAAUCUUUUUAUGAGCAAAUAUGCAGAAAAUGGUUCUUUGGUAAGAUGAGACCAAAACUGAAGUCCCUGGUUACAUUUAAAAAGCUGUUGCUGAAAAUUAAUACAGGAAAAAGCCAUACACACACCUUACCCACCAUGAAAGACGGUGGUGGCAGCAGCAUUAUGGCGUGGGGAUACUUUAGUAUUUAGCAGGGGCAAAGUGGCCAGAGUUAGUUUGGAAGUGUGGUGGAGGUUCACCUUCCAACAGAAUGACGACUUCAAACCUAACAAAUGCAAUGGAAUGGUUUCAAUCACAGCACCAUGAGUUAGAAUGGCCUAGUCAAAGUCUGGACUGACUUUAUGUCUUUCAAAAUUCUAAUUACUUACACUGUCGUUUCUGGUUGCAACAAGGCAAAAUGCGACGUUUAUAGGGUAUGCAUACUUUUUUAAGGCACUUCAAAUAGGCUGUCUUUGUCCUUCAAACUAGUACAACUAUAAUACUUACGGUCUUAAGUACUUUCAAUUCCUUACGCCAGAGCUUGCAAUCCUAAUGCGUCAUUUUUAUCAAGGUUAUAGUGAUGCUUUUAGAAAACAACAGUGGUUUCUUGUGAAUAUUAUUUUUUUGAUGCCUGAAAAUAUAUCAAAGAAAUGUUAAAAAUCCACUGGUGCAAAACAGUGCAAAACCCUACAAAGAUAUGACCGUGACAGUGCAAAGUUCAUUAUUUCUUUUCAACUGUUAAGUCUGGCUGACAUGACAAUUGAUAGGUUUUUUUUUGUUUGUUUGUUUGUUUUUUUUCUGACACGGGUGUGACUUAAAUCUGGAGCAAUAUUUUUUUUUUUUUU